AUGGCAUCGGCAAGCCUGCAGUUCUUUGCUUUUAUUCUGGCUCUGUUUGGUGUUUUUGGAGAUAUCACAGCCACCUUGCUACCAAACUGGAAGGUAAAUGCAGAUGUUGGUUCAAAUAUCAUAACAGCUGUAACACAGAUGCAAGGACUUUGGAUGGACUGCACGUGGUACAGCACUGGGAUGUUCAGCUGUACCCUGAAAUACUCGGUUCUCUCUCUCCCCGUCUACAUCCAGGCUGCACGGACCACCAUGGUACUGUCUUGUAUCCUAUCGGCCUUUGGUAUCUGCAUCACUACAGUUGGAAUGAAAUGCACACGGUUGGGAGGGGACGCUGACAGCAAAAGUCACGCUUGUUUUGCUGGAGGAGUCUGCUUCAUUCUUGCAGGAAUCUUUGGAUUAGUACCAACAUCUUGGUACACGAGAGAAAUUAUUUCAAAUUUUCUGGACCAGACCAUUCCAGAGAGUGGUAAACAUGAACCAGGAGGAGCGGUUUAUACAGGAUUCAUUUCAGCAGGGUUUCUGCUUAUCGCAGGUGUGAUCUUCUGCACUUCUUGUUUUAAAAAGCAGCAAGGAGCAUGGAUUUACCCUCCAAAGCAGCACCAUUUCCCAUCCUCCGAGGAGGACAGCAACACAGGCUACAACCUGAAGGACUAUGUGUAA